UAUUGUCCUCUCUCACCUUCACCCUCACCCUAGAUUAAACAUACCGCACCAAACUUUCGGACAGGAACUGAACAAUACUUUUAAUUUAUCUCCAACUAGAGUUCAUCUUCAUUUUCGUAUAGUUUUUCAGUAUGGAUGCUAGUGCUACAGAACAAUCAUCUUCACCUACAGCCCCAGUCAUAUCGUCAGAUGUUUGGAGAGAUAUAUUCCUAUGGAGAAGAAAGAAUCUGAGUUUAAGCGUUUUCCUCACGUCAACAGUAAUUUGGGUAUUGCUUGAAGUCUAUCACUUUAACUUUGUCACUGUUGUUUCAUGGGUGGCCAUGGCCAUUACUACUUUACUCUUCCUAUGGGGAAACAUACGGAAACUUCUCGGCAAAGUGCCACCAAACAUGUCAGGACUAGAAAUCUCAGAGCAGUCAGCUUUGGAGGUUGCGAAUGCAUGUCGAGGAAUUGUUGAAGAAGUACUGAAAUGGAUGUUCCAUGUGAGUGUUGACAGAGGGUGGUUUGUGUUUGUUCAAGUAGUUGCUGGAUUGUUAUUGCUCUCCUAUGUAGGAACCGUCUUCUCUCUGCUUACACUUCUUUACAUAGGUGUCAUGAUGGGCAUGACAGUUCCAGUGAGUUAUAAAAAGUACGAGGAUAAAAUAAAAAGCGGUGGGGAGUGCCUGAAAGUGAAGUCCAGGAGAUUUUAUGACAUGAUUGACGACAAGGUAAUCAAGAAUAUGAAGAACAAGAUUGUCAAAGAAGAGAAGGAGAAGAAGAUUAAGUAAAAUCUUUUUUACAAGAGUAGUGUAUAAUACAAUCUCCUUAAUG